CUCUCCGGAGGCGAUUGCUGCUGUACACAUGGGCAGAGGAGUGGUCCACCGCGGCCACUUCCGAGCUGUUGGUCCCCGCGGCAUACCGGACCUUUCAAUGAGCUUCUUGUCUCUUCGGCGGCAGCUUCCGUGACCUCUGCUCCCCGUGAUUCUACCCUCCGUGAUAUGCCUGCUCCACGAGUCCCAUGAGAGCGAGAGAGUAGCUUUCUGGUGCCAGUGCCCUGCUUUCGUUCAGGCAAAUUUACUAUCAUUCUCGCAGGAUGGCAGCUCUUGGUCUGUCUCCCACAUGUGCUAUGUCCAACCAGGAGCCUGCCUAUGUCCAUGAGUCAGAAAUUCCUCUUUCUUCAAAAGACCAUUCCUGUCCCCAGGAUGUGGAGCUGUUUGCAUACAAUGGCCUGGAGCCUCAUACAUCAACCAGUGUUGGUUCCCAGAAAUCAGUGACUUUCCAGGAUGUUGCCGUGGACUUCACUGAGAAGGAGUGGCCCUUGCUGGAUUCUUCUCAGAGAAAACUGUACAAAGAUGUGAUGCUGGAGAACUAUAGCAACCUUGCCUCAGUGGGGUGUCAGGUGAGCAAACCCAGCCUCAUCUCCCACUUGGAGCAAGAAGAGGAGCUGAGGACAGAGGAGCAGGAACUUCACCAAGGCCCUUGUCCCGAUUGGGAGACUCCAUCUAAAACCAAAUGGUCAAUUCUUAUGGAAGAUAUUUUUGGGAAGGAAACAUCUAAUGGUGUGACAAUGGAAAGCAGUCGGCUUGGAGAGAAAUCCAGUGAAUAUGCUAACCUGUUUGACGUCUUCAGCAUGGGUGCUCACCUUACUCAGCAAAUGGGAAGGCACACUAGCAAGAGGCCUUAUCACCGCCGGGACUGUGGCGUGACUUUCAAGAACAGAUCCCAUGUAACCCAACAUGUGAACAUUUACAAUGGGAGGAAAAUGCAUGAAUGUCAUCAGUGCCAAAAAGCCUUCACCACGAGUGCUUCCCUUACACGGCACAGGAGAAUACACACUGGGGAGAAACCCUAUGAGUGCAAUGCCUGUGGUAAAGCUUUCAAUGACCCCUCAGCUCUUAGGAGUCAUGCAAGAACUCACCUCACAGAGAAGCCCUUUGACUGCAGUCAGUGUGGAAAUGCAUUCCGAACCCUCUCCUCACUGAAGAUACACAUGAGAGUUCACACUGGGGAGAGACCUUACAAGUGUGAUGAAUGUGGGAAGGCAUAUGGCAGGAGCUGCCAUCUCAUUGCACACAGAAGAACACACACUGGAGAGAGACCCUACGAAUGUCACGACUGUGGGAAAGCUUUCCAGCAUCCCUCACAUCUCAAAGAGCACGUCAGGAACCACACUGGAGAGAAACCCUACGAAUGCACACAGUGUGGGAAAGCCUUCCGAUGGAAGUCCAACUUUAACUUACACAAGAAGAACCACAUGGUAGAGAAAACAUACGAGUGUAAAGAGUGCGGGAAAUCCUUUGGGGACCUCCUGUCACGGAGAAAACACAUGAGAAUUCACAUUGUAAAGAAACCUGUUGAAUGUAGACAGUGCGGAAAAGCCUUCAGAAACCAGUCCAUCCUUAAGACACACAUGAAUUCCCACACUGGAGAGAAACCAUAUGGGUGCGAUCUCUGCGGGAAAGCCUUCAGUGCAAGCUCCAACCUAACUGCGCACAGAAAAAUACACACUCAAGAGAGGCGCUAUGAGUGUGCUGCCUGCGGUAAGGUAUUCGGUGAUUAUUUAUCACGGAGGAGGCACAUGAGCAUUCAUCUCGUAAAGAAGCGCGUCGAAUGCAGACAGUGUGGGAAAGCCUUCAGAAACCAGUCGACCCUUAAGACACACAUGAGGAGUCACACAGGAGAGAAGCCUUACGAGUGUGAUCACUGUGGGAAAGCCUUUAGCAUCGGCUCGAACCUUAAUGUGCACCGGAGGAUACACACCGGCGAGAAGCCCUAUGAGUGCUUGGCCUGCGGGAAAGCCUUCAGUGAUCACUCGUCCCUCAGGAGUCACGUGAAGACGCACCGGGGAGAGAAGCUUUUCACGUCAUCAGUGUGGAAAAGGCUCCAGUGACACAUUUCUUUAAAGAGAAACACGAGAGCGCAGACUGGAAGGGAACCUGGCAGGUGUAAGGAAGGCAGGAAGCCUUGAUGAAUUCAUCUCACUGGGCACAAAAGAAUAUGUGUUAACUUGGGAGAAAUCCAAUUUGUGUAAUAACUGUGGAAAAACUUGAGUUUUUCCACAUCACUUUGGAGAUAGCGUGAGAACUCAAGAUAGGUGAGAAAACGUGUUUGUGGUGUGAAGAAGCCGUCAGUGUAUGUUUAGCUCUCAACAAAUGAGAACUUAGGGGGAGAAACCCUAGUCUGAUAUUUAAUGUCAAAAUGACUUUAGCAUCACCUUGUACCUUCUUGGCACAAGAGUAAGCCCACCAGGGAGGAUCUCUGUAAAUUCCAAGACUGGACAGAUCUUUCCUGGCCUCACUGUAUUCCUCAUGAGAGAAAUCACACUGAAGAGAAAAACCUAUGAAAUAAGGAACAUGGGAAAGUCGGUAACGGCUGGGCAAACUAUGGCUAGCUGUCUGUUUUUGUACAGCUGGCAAGCUGAGAAUAGUUGUUGCAUUUUUAAGAAGAAAAAUAUGUGCUAGAGACCAUGUGUGGCCGACAAAGUCUAAAAUACUCACUGUCUGGCCCUUUACAGAAAAAACUUGCCAGUCCUUGGUCUACAGCAGUGGUUCUCAACUGGGGAUAACUUUGCUCCCCGGGAGACACUUGGCAACGUCUGGAGACAUUUUUGGUUGUCAAAACUGGGAAGGUGCCACUGGCAUGUUUUGGGAAACAUCGGGGAUGCUGUUAAAUAUCCUGCAGUGGACAGGAGCUUCCCCCAAGAGAGAGAAAUUAUGUGCCCCAAAAUGUCAAUAUUGCUGAGGUUGAGAAACCUUAGCCAACAAUCCCUCAAUUUUUUAUGAAACACGUGGGUACUCACACUAGGAGAAAUUUCUAUUUAAAACUUCAAAAUUAUAAUCAGUGUAAUUCUUUCAGGAAACACAUGAGAACCCACACUGCAGACAAUCCCUAUGUGGAGAUAAUUUCAUCCACAGCCCUGUCACUUGUGCAUAUGAGAAUUCACUCUCUAGUGGGAUUUCUUAGUAAAUGUGGAAUUGCACUUAUCAGUCUUUCAUCAUGAAAGUGGACCCCAGCUCAUGAAUUUUUAAGUCUUUAAUUUUAAGAUUAUGCUCUUCCAAAUAACCCUUAUGCCUCAUCA